AUGGCGGCGAUGUUUACGUGUUGUCUAAACUGCUGCGGAGAUGGAGGAGCUGGACAUGUCCAACUUAAAGAAAUGCCCACGGUUCAGUUAGAUACUCACCGCAUGGGAACAGAUGUUGUCAUAGUGAAGAGUGGCCGGAGGAUAUGUGGCACUGGAGCAUGCCUGGCCAAUGCUCCUCUGCACCAGAACAAAAGUUACUUUGAGUUUAAGAUACAGUCCACUGGUGUAUGGGGAGUGGGUGUCGCCACGCAGAAAGCCAAUCUCAAUCAAGUGCCUUUAGGGCGAGACUGCCACAGCCUCGUCCUGAGACAUGACGGCUGUGUCGUGUACAACAAUGAGGAGAAGAACCGCCUGCCUGCCAACAAUCUCCCUCAGGAGGGCGACAUAGUGGGCAUCACGUAUGAUCACGUGGAGAUGAACUUGUAUUUGAAUGGAAAGAAUAUGCAUUGUCCCGCAUCGGGGAUACGAGGCACCGUGUCACCCGUUGUCUACGUGGACGACAGCGCCAUCUUAGACUGCCAGUUCAGCGACUUCUACCACACGCCUCCCCAAGGGUUCGAGAAGAUCCUCUUCGAACAACAAAUCUUCUAA